CGCUUCGAGGCGGGUUUCGAUGGCCGACUACCAAACUGAACCUGGCGUCAGAUCGACCGAAGCUUCUGGGUCUUCGUGAUUCUUCAGCAGCACGCUUCGGAUCCUGUGCACAACAGUUUCGAUGGCCCAAGGGGAUGUGCCAUGGUGGCCGGGAUCGUCCGGCACGCAUUCUUAUCAAGGGGUAUACCGGACUUCGAGCGGGACUCACAAAUCAGCAAGUUUGUCGGUUGCUAUGGCAUUCAUCUCGAACGUCUACCGCCAUCAAGUCAGGCCGAAAAGCGAGAAGAUCCGCCAGACGAGGCGAUGGAAGGAAGGAAGUCGAAACAGUCUGGCCGAAGUGAUGAGAUGUAAAGAGCAGCAGAUAUCAUAUCGCAUGGAAUCGAACUCUGCUACAAUAACGUCGUGGCGUAUACGGGGAAGGAAUAAGGAAGCGAACAUCGGAAGAAAGGAGGGAGGGAAACGCAAAUCCGGAAAAGGAAGGGGAGUAGAGAUUAUCAAAGAGGGUGAAGCGAGACGACCGAUCAUAAUACCGUCCGGUUUGCUUUGCACACUAGAUCACGCAGAUAGAUCUUUGGAGCAAGUCCCGAGAGCCUUCGCUAGUUUUAGUUGCCCGGUAUAUGUGGAACGGUAUGGUACUGCUCUCGGGUUCCGUUUGGUAGUUUUAAUCAUACUCGAAAUCGUCUGGCUUCACCCCUUCAAGAGUCUCGCCGAGGUUGGGGGAUUGGGUCUCGGUGUCCCGUGCUCGGUGCGUCACCUCGGUACAACUGAGGACCCCUCCCCCGAGGGAUGAACUGAGGCGGGCCUGCCACGGUUCCCGCCGCAUACGUUGCCCUCUUUCGUAUCAUACCGCGCAACCCUCCUUGCUCCUAUGACUCCUCGCUAGACGUAUAUGAUUGCCCUUGACCGAUAAUGUGUUUGGCAUAAAUGCCCCCUCGACG